AUGGCGACCCAGUGGCUUGGAGCUAUCCCUCCCCCUCCAGGCGUCACGCCCAAUAUCGUCGACCCUCCGAGCCAGUGGGCUGGCAAUAUCGCCCUUCAUACGGUAUGCCUCUCUCUGGCAACUGCGGCGGUUACCAUGCGGGUUUACACCCGUACGAUCGUCACCCGUACGAACAUGGGAGCAGAUGACUCAUAUACCCUCGGGAUUGGCCGCCAUCUAUGGGAUACUCCACCGCUCUGGGUUCCAUAUGCUUUGAAAUGGUUCACCUUUGCGCAAUACGUCUACUUGAUCCUCACAGCAACGAUCAAACUUACAUUCCUCUUCUUCUACCGGCGUGUAUUCUCACCACAGACAUUAUCAAACAUUUUGAUCACCUUCGGCAUAACCUUCGUGACCAUCUCCCACGUUGCAAUCCUCUUUGCAACUAUCUUCGCAUGUACCCCCGUUGCUCGUGCAUGGAACAUCACCAUUCCUGGCCGGUGCAUUGAUCCCACCAUUCUCCCAUACCUCUCCGGCGCUCUCAGCUCAUCAACCGAUCUCUACGUACUGAUCUUGCCAAUUUACCCUGUCUGGAAGCUGAACAUGAGACUACGCCGCAAGAUCAAACUUCUUGGUGUAUUUGGUCUAGGUAUCUUUGCUGUGGCGGCCAGUUUGGUUCGACUUGCAGAAACCCCUGUUCUGAAAAGUAGUCCCGACGCUACAUGGAACAUUUCUCGACUAGCUGUCUGGGCCGUUAUCGAAGCAAAUGUUGGAAUCUUCUGCGGAUGCCUAUUGCUCCUCCCAGCAUUCCUUGACCGUCAUUUACCUAAAUCUUUCGCCUCUUCGAUCAAGGGACUAUUCUCUUCCUCCAACAGCCGAAGACUCGAAAAGGGCGGCAGCUCCGAUGCCUCGUCAAAGCAAUACUCGUGGCCUAACUCGACUCAUAGCCACAAGGUCUCAGUAUCAACUUCUUCAAAGGGCCACAGCUAUCUAGAGCUCAACCCUUCGAAUAGUGUGCACGACGCCGUUUAG